AGAGGUCAGCUGGCCUCUGGAUUCCCCACUCUGUGCCGUGGGUCUCAGUGACUGUCCUGCACUGGUAACUGCCCUGGCCACUGCAGUUUCCUUGUGAACCUGGAAAUCAGGCCGAGGUGACACCCGCUCUCUGAGCAUGGUCUGCCGCCCUCACUGUGUUCCAGAUCCAGAAAGUGGCUGCACCAGGUGGCACUAGGUUACCAACGCCCUUGGGGACCCGUGUGGAGCCCUCCCACCUCUGCCUCGGCCAUGGCCACCAAAACUAUCAUCAUUGACCACGGGUCUGGCUUUCUGAAGGCGGGCCUGUCAGGCUGGAACCAGCCCCAGCUGAUCUGUCCGAGCGUGGUGAACUACAUCCCCUGCAGGGAGAACCCCGGCCCCAGCUACGCCCACAGACAGGUGAGCCUGGGCAUCGACCUCUGCAACCCCGACACCUUCAGCUACCCCAUCCAGCGCGGCCGCGUCAUCAACUGGGAAGGGGUGGAGCACAUCUGGAACUUCAUGCUACAGCACUACCGGGAGGACCACGAGGACUGUCCUGUGAUCCUCACCGAGUUCCCGCUGAAGGAGCCUGCGACCCGCAAGAAGACCCUGGAGAUCAUGUUCGAGCUCCAGGAAGUGCCUUCCCUGCUCCUGGCCGACCAGCUGGAGAUGUCCCUGUACGCCUCGGGGUGCCUAACUGGCGUGGUGAUUGACUCGGGCUUCGGCCUGACCCGCAUGCAGCCCUUCCUCCUGGGCCAGCCCCUGCCCGACAGCCAGAGGGCUGUGGAGUUCGCCGGCCAGGACCUCUCCACCUACCUCUUCAAAAGCAUCUUUAAGGAACGGAGUGACGAGCACAACCUUUACCAGAUGGACACGGUGGCCACGACACAGAUGAGCAAGUGUUACGUACCGACGAAUCUGGAGGAGGCGCUGGAAUUCCACCAGAACCUGCCCAGCGGCUCCGACGAGAGCAACACCUACCAGCUCCCAGAUGGCACCCGAGUGGAGCUGGCACCCCUGGAGCGGCUGGCGCCUGAGAUGUUCUUCAGCCCGCAGGUGUUCGGCCUGCAGGGCCCCAGCAUCUCCCAGGUCCUGGUGGAUUCCAUCAAGUCCUGUGAGGUCCCCGGGCAGCCGAUGCUGCUGUCCCACGUGGUGCCGUGUGGUGGAAACAGCCUGUACCCUGGCUUUACCAAGCGCCUGUGGAUGGAGCUGAACUCGGGUCAUUUCCCUUUCAAGGCCACCGUAUGGAUGGGCGAGAAAAGGCACUUCAGUGUGUGGCUGGGUGCCUCCGUGGUGGCCCACCUUUCUACCUACAAGUCCCAGUGGGUGGCCAGGCAGGAAUAUCUGGAAAGCAUGAGGCUGUGAUGGGCUGGCUGGCUCCCCGGAACAGACUCCUGUCAUGUGAGCCCCGGGGAUUACUUUUAGACAGGGAGUGGGGUUGCUGCUGGUUGUGGAGUCAGGAGGGCCAGCGGCAUUGUUUUAGGGUCAGAGGUUACAGCUUGUGCCAAGCGUGGGAUCCAAGCCCAGGGCGGACCAGUGUCAUCCCUGGAAUCCCCUCAGAGUCAGCACUCUCAGGAGGCCUCACGAGGUGACAGUGGCCAGCUGUCACCUCCCUGGCUGUCAGCUACUUAGCUUUCACAGCCCGUCUCUCUUGGGCUGUCUCAUCCUUGGUCAUUUGGGUUUUAACUGGGGAAGAGAACGGGACCUUUUUCAAGAGUCCCGAUUAUUUUUGAUUGGGAGUUGAGAGGGUGGGGGAAGGUUGAGGUUUCUAGUCUCGUAGACCCUUCGUGGCCAGGGAGACCCUUCGGAGGAACUAGGGUACCUUCCCACCCAUGAGGGCUGUGU